AUGGCAGCUUUCAAUCCCCCACACGACGACCCGGUCCACACGAUCACUGAAACUACUACCUCUACUACUGACCCAUUUGAAGAUUUCCCAGACGACCUACUCGUCCUGAUAUUCCGCCACGUCAUGCAACCCCCCGCCCUCGUGGCAUCACCCGCCUCUCCUGCCGACCAGCAGCAGGUCCCUUCGACCUCGGCAUCAUCACCUUCCGCCGCCUCCUCAGCCGCCUCAUCCGCCGCCUCCCCCGCCGCUUCCCCCGCCGCCGCCUUCGACGCUCCUUGCUCCGCCGCCCUCUCCGCCGCCUUCCCCGCCGCUUCCGCCGUCCCCCGCUCCCCUUUCUGCCCGUUCUCCAUCGCGCUCGUGUCGUCCCGCUGGCUGCGCCUCGCGUAUCUCGCUGUGCAGUCCAUCCACCUCACGUCUCGCCGCGCGAUACCCGCGUCAGAUCUCGCGCGGUCUGUCGCUCGCAUGCCGAAUCUCACCUCGUUGCACGUCGCCGUGCGACCUGCGGCUUCCCUUACAGACGCGGUUCUAGCGGACAUUGUGAAUGCGUGUCCCGCGCUUGCGGAUCUGACCCUGUCGCCCAGCUGCGCCUCUCUCUCCGCUCUGCCCGAAAACUUCUGCUCCUUACAGAAUCUCCAACAGCUCAGCAUCAGCUACUGCCCAAAAAAUUUACAGCUGCCCGCCAGCCUCACGCGCUGCCCGUCCCUGCAACACUUCUUCAUCCACUGCUGCCAAGGCCUGACAUGCCUGCCUGAAGCCAUCGGUUCCACCCAUCGGCUGGUAGAGCUCGAUGUGGAUCGCUGCAGGGGCAUUCGCACUCUGCCGCUGUCCCUUGCUCAGCUGUGCGUGCCGCGCAAUGGGUCGGUGGCACGGGGGGAAGAGGAGGGGGAAGAGGAGGGGGAAGAGGAGGGGGAAGAGGAGGGGGAAGAGGAGGGGGAAGAGGAGGGGGAAGAGGAGGGGGAAGAGGAGGGGGAAGAGGAGGGGGAAGAGGAGGGGGAAGAGGAGGGGGAAGAGGAGGGGGAAGAGGAGGGGGAAGAGGAGGGGGAAGAGGAGGGGGAAGAGGAGGGGGAAGAGGAGGGGGAAGAGGAGGGGGAAGAGGAGGGGGAAGAGGAGGGGGAAGAGGAGGGGGAAGAGGAGGGGGAAGAGGAGGGGGAAGAGGAGGGGGAAGAGGAGGGGGAAGAGGAGGGGGAAGAGGAGGGGGAAGAGGAGGGGGAAGAGGAGGGGGAAGAGGAGGGGGAAGAGGAGGGGGAAGAGGAGGGGGAAGAGGACGAGGAUUAG